ACACACACACACAGUAAACUAAUGACUCUAAUGAUACUGGUGUACACUAGUAGAACUCUAGUUUCUCUGUUGAAUGAAAGUUUUUCGUAUUUAGUGUUUAUUGUACGACACUGUUUUGUGUUUAUGUGGAUGUGUGUUUGUGGGAGUUGUCUGGGCUUUUGCUUCAUUUGGGUGUCUUAAUUUGUUUAGCAGUUGUGAGGAUGAAUGAGUGCUGCAUUCAAUUGUUUCUUUACUUUUGUUUGUUGAUGUAUUGUGUGUGUGUGUGUGUGUGAGAGAGAGAGAGCUACUCUGAGGAUUUCUUAUCUUUACAGUACAGCUUGUUGUUUGUGCCUCCCAGCCAGGCAGCUAUCUGUAUUAACACUCUCCUGUCACUAAAGUGAAAAACUCGCCCUGCUCUCGAGUCAGGAACUCUUCAACACCAUCAGCGUUUGUGUUUCCAGAUCAGGAACCAUCUCUCGUGUCAAAAGAGAAAAUUUUCUUCCAAUUUUCUCAAGUUCUGUGUUUAUUUAAUCAUGCAGCAGCUGCCUCUGCUGAAGUCUGUGGACAAAAAGGAGGAUUUCGGUGAACGAGGUAGGGAACUUGAUGAUACGCCAGCUGAGCGAUGGACAUCAUGGAGCGACAGGGCGGAACUUCCUGUACUGACUCAGCCCGGUCUCGGAGUAACGACCACGACGGUGACCACCAUCACCCAGACGGGGGGAGACUGGAGCACGGGUCUGUGCGAUGUGUGUGACGACGUCAGCACCUGUUUAGCAGGUGCGUUUAUUCCGUGCUGUCUGGAGGUGAGUUUGGCUCAUCAGUAUGGAGAGUGUUUGUGUCUGCCUCUGCUACCUGCCUCCACUUUUGCUAUGCGGGUCGCCAUCAGAGAGCGUUUCAAAAUCAGGGGCAGUGUGUGUGAGGACUGGGUGACGGUUUACUGCUGCUAUCCUCUCGCUGUGUGUCAGAUGACGCGGGAGAUGAAGAGGAGGCUGAAGAGACAGAUGUACACCGUUACCACUACACUGGAGAGCUCCUGAGAGACUGUGUAGACGCAGAUUGCUCUGGCAUUCAUUCACUUUACAAUGCAGAUAUCAGGAUGCUCACAAUGCUCAUUGAUACCUGCUUAAAGAGGUGAGUAAAGUUUACAGAGGAACAUGAGCUUGAGAUAGAGCGAGUACAGCAGGAAUAUGAGGGAGGAUCUAAAAAACCCAGAAGCCCAGAGAGAAAGAUGGAAAAUUCCUGAAAUUCAGCAGAUAUGAGCUCUUCACAGAGAAACUGUCAGAGAGAGAGAGAGGCAUGAGGGAAUCAAUUACUGUGUGUGUGUGUGUGUGUGUGUGGUCCUAGCUCUACACUUGCAUGUGUCAGAGCUCAUCACUCACUCUCUGAGGAACACACACACACACACACACUGAGAGCUGUGUUCUCUUUUCCUGAGGUGUGUACAGUAAGCUGUAGGCCUGGGGUCAGUUUAUUCAGGAAGUUAGAAUUCACACCUUUUCACACAUCGUCAAAAUCCAACCUCAUCACUCCAGUCUGUUUGAAUGUACACCAUUUUUAAAAUGAGAUCAGAUCUUUUCUUCAGUAAGACAGCUUUAAAGAGUGACGUGUAGAUCUAAAUCCUACACAAGUUAUUAAUUUUUAACCUGUUGUGAUUUUGCUACCUUUGAAAAGAGGGAAGUUUUCAUGGAAACGUUUCGUGCAGUUUCAUUCGUGUGGAUUCUUACUGAGCUUUCAGGACUGAGCUGUAUACAAAGACAUUAAAAAUAUGAUCAUUGUAAAGAAUUGCUCAGGAAAUCUCUUCAUGGCUGCUGUUUUAGAAAAACUGAGGAAGACAAAUGUUGCUUUUCCUUCAGCGUGACAGCGUAAAAUGUUGCAUAACUCCUUACCCCUUGAGUUCUAUUUAUAUUUCAGGUUAUGAAUGAAUAGAUUCAGCACCAAACCGAAACGCUGUAAGAAACCUCCUCACAGAUUUAAAGCAAUAUAUUCCACCACACACACACACACACACACACACACAUACACAUACACUGAUACUAAAACUCUGUACUGUGUGCAUCCAUGGCAUUAUUACUCAGAAAAAAAGCUCAAGUAGCAAAUAAUAUACACAAUUCUGCAUAGUGUAAAUGUUCAUCGGUCAGGCGGAUACAGUUACAGUCACAAAUACAGUUACAGUUACAGUCACAGUUAUAGUUACAGUUAUAGUUACGGUUAUAGUUACAAAUACGGUUACAGUCACGCUUAUAGUUACGAAUACGGUUACAGUCACGGUUAUAAUUAUGGCUAUGAUUACAGUCACAAAUACUGUUACAGUUACGGUUAUAGUUACGGAUAAUGUUACAGUCACAAAUACCAUUACAGAUACCGUUACAGUUACGGAUACGGUUACAGUCAUGAAUACUGUUACAGUUACAGUUACGAAUACUUUUACAGUUACGGUUAUAGUUAUGGAUACGGUUACAGUCACAGUUAUAGUUACAGUUACGGUUAUAGUUAUGGAUACGGUUACAGUUACAGAUACGGUUACAGUCACAAAUACCAUUACAGUUACGGUUACAGUUACGGAUACGGAUACGGAUACGGUUACAGUUACGGAUACGGUUACAGUCACAAAUGCCAUUACAGUUACCGUUACAGUUACGGAUAUGGUUAGAGUCAUGAAUACUGUUACAGUUAUGGUUUUAGCUACGGGUAUGGCUACAGUUAUGGUUACAAUUUCUCUUACGGUUACAGUUUUGGGUAUGGCUACUGUUACAGUUGCACUUAAGGUUACAGUUACGAAUACGGUUACAGUUAUGGUUACAGUUGCAGUUAUGGUUACAGUUACAAAUACAGUUACAGUUACAGGUACAGUUAUGGUUAUGGUUCAGGUUACAGUUAUGGGUACGGUUACAGUUUCUUUUCCCAUGUCAUGCAUGGGCCACUCAUGACUCUGAAGAACUAAAGCAGAAACUGCAGCACAACAUGAAGCAGUGCUGGGAUCAGCGACAGCAUCCGGUGUUCAAACAUAUGCAGCAGUUAUUAAAAUAUUUGCGAUAAAUGAUGUUGGUGCAACUUAAUUUAUCACAUUGUCAACCUAGGGUUUGAUAAUAACAGUACAGGCUGCAGGAAAUAGAAGUAGUGUAUAUUUAGCAAUUGUAUGGUAGCUACUGUAGAGGAUAUGUUUAGAAACCUAAACUAUAUCUUACUGCAGCACGUCUCCUCAUGCAUGUGCUGCAGUAAGCUAGAACAGUUUUAAGAAAGUGUUAGCACCUCCUGAUGGAAGAGAAACAGAAGCUUCUAGACACGCUCGGCCCAAGCUUACACCCUGGUCACAAGGAUUUCUGAAUUAUUCAGUGCAUGAUGUGUUAAAAUGAGGCGUUUCUUCUGUGUUCAUCUCUUCAGCCCUCUGAGCCCUGGCUCUACUGGAGCUCUCAGCAACACUGAUUAAUCCCAACACGACUCACAGUGCGACGCUUAAUAUUAAAAAGCCUAUAAUAUUAUUAAAACUUCUUCACACUGAAGUGUUAUCAUCUGGGGCAGAAAGUGAACUCAACUGGUCAACUGGGAUUCAAUAUUUUUAGAUGAAAAAAAAAGCAUUAAAACACUAUAAAGCAUACAGCAUUUUUCCUAAAGUCUGGAAAGAGCAGAUAAGAGUGGACGUUUUGGAGCUUUCAGCAUCUUUCAAGCAUCUCACAUUACAAUCAGGUGAGAAUUCGACAAAAUAUACACCCUGGACUUUUCUUUCAGACCCACGGGAAUAUCCUUCUGGCUUCAUUUGCUGUUAUCAUUGUUCUAUCCAAGCAGAUUGCUGCUAUUUUAGUAUUUGCCUUGAGCAACAGUGACACACACUCAUAAUUAAUGACUCCAAGUGCUUUGCCUCAGCAGCAUUAAACCCUAAAGGUCCCGCCAUAUCUGGUAAGUAAUGCAUAAACGACAAGGAAGAACCAGAAGUGCAAAGUGAAUAUGCUUAUUCUGACUAAUGACAUGCUCUGAAACAAAGAACGUACACUUCAAGGAAUUCAUUUUAACUUAGCAGACUUGAAUUCAUCAGAAAGACAGGAAUUUAACUCUCAAACUAAGCUACUGAUUACUUCAUGAUCAUCUGUAAGCAAUAACAUGAAUAAUAUAAAAUCUUAUCAACUGAUUUUGAAUAAUUUUUGACUUUUCCGUUGGAUGCAAUCAGUGUUCAAUUCAGUUCAAUUUUAUUUGUAUAGAGCUUUUAACAAUGGACAUUGUCACAAAGCAGCUUUACAGAAAUAAAUGGAUUCACAAAAAAAUAUAUUGUAAAUAUGUGAAUUUAUCCCUAAUGAGCGAGUCAGAGGUGACGGUGGUGAGGAAAAACUCCCUGAGAUGAUAUGAGGAAGAAACCUUGAGAGGAACCAGACUCAAAAGGAAACCCAUCCUCAUCUGGGUGCAACGGAUAGUGCGAUUAUAAAUCAUUCCCUUCUAUUAUUGUGUACUACAUGGACAAAUAGUGCAAUUGUGCAACCAAUAAAUUCAUCACAGUUUUCGCAAGAAGUCCGGCUGGUUAAAAUCUAUCCAUCUAUCUGUUGGUAAUGUCUGUAUCAUUUUAACUCUUGGACAUGCAUGUAUUUUAUUUAAGUGAUCCAUAUUGUAUAAAGCACCUGAUAUUUUCAUAAAUAAUAAAGAAAUAAUUUCCUAAUUCCUGAGAACUAUGGCACUAACUAAU